AUGACGAGUCGGUACGAGCGGGUGAACACCCGCGACGAAGAAGAUCACCACACACCUGUCUCCAAUGCGCCAAGGCCGACAUAUCCUAUCCCAAACUCGCCACCACCAUCUUUUCACUCGAGAGCAUCGUCGAUAAUCGGCAGAGACAACGGGAACCGCCAAAACCAGGAUCUUGACGACGCAUUUGGAAGCGACGAUGAGGAUGCCUGGGAUGACGAGCCGGAUGAUCGGCAGAGGCUGGUGCACGACAAUACAACACCAAGUGCGAGCGACGCAGCCUCAAUAACACCAGUGACGAUGGCGACGACGGCACAGACGAGUGCACAGGCUUCGCAACCGUCGAGGCCAGUUGGGCAGGCACCGACAACGACGAGGGUGUACGGCGGCGGAAUCCAGUCGGAUGGCGUCUUUUCGAACUUGGCGGCCAAGCCAGAGAGGGGAGAACCAGAGAAGGAAGAACUUCCACCUUCCUACGAACAGGCAGCAGCUGAUUCUGCGCCCCCUUACUGGGAAACGACAGUCCUCGCCCCAGGGCUGGGCGGCUUUGACGACGUGUUUAUCGACGGAAUGCCGGUCGGUUCGAUCUUCAGCUUCUUGUGGAACGGAUUCAUCUCGAUGACCCUUCUCGUCGGUUUCCUGCUCUGCUACCUUCUACACACCACUCACGCGGCCAAAAACGGAGCGAAGGCCGGCUUGGGCAUCCAACUCAUUCAGUACGGCUUCAUGAUGCAGAGCGCACCACCAUCUGGAGGCAGGUAUGAUGAUGACCCGACUGCUGAUAGCGGAUUCAUCAACCCUGUGGACCCGAACGCGCAUGACUUUGACCCCGAUAAUGUGCAAGAUCAGAACGGCGGUGGUGUAGACGAUUUUACAGGCGCCGAUUGGGUGUCGUACCUCAUGAUGAUUAUCGGUUGGUUUGUUCUCAUUCGGGCUGUCAGCGACUAUCUGAAGGCGAGGAGACAUGAGCAGCUUGUGCUUCAGAGCCCUGACCGGGGUCUCGGUAUUCCUGUUAUUGCCACGGGCGAGCGUCCCGACACCGUUGUGUAG